GAGAAUGCAGCACAGAAAGAAGUUAGUGAAGGUCCACAGCCCCCAAACGGCAUACCAAGCAUCAGAACACAGACAGAAACGUGGGUGAGAAAGACUUGGAUUCCACCAGUCAAGCCACAGACAAAGCUACAUGAAAGUGUAUCUCCACCCAAGAAGAAGUCAGUCUCUGGACCUUGGAGAACUGAUUGUCCCAUAGACCAGUUCCUGAUGAUCAGGACUGGGAAGACACAAGAAAGCCCAGCUGGUGUCAGGACUACCAUGCCAAAGGCACAAGCUCGAGCCAUGAAAGUUCCGCAGACUCCCUUGAUACGAGCAGAUUUGGAGCCAAGAGAGCCCAGGACCCCCGGUACACCAGGGUCAGCCAUCCCCAGCAAACAGAGCAAGAAAAAAGUCAAGAGCAGAGUUGUAGAAGUCAAGCUGUCGGCUGAGUAUGAGGAGCUGUGUGAGUUUCUGGAGAACAGUGCCCAGCCCGUGAUGACGUCCAUGUGUGAGUUUGGAGUCAUCCCAGCAUCUCACACAUUCGAGUCCCUCACACCUGACAUCACCCUGUUCCUACUCAAGCAGCAACAGAAGACAUUAAAGGACACAUCAGAACCAGGUGCAAACCUACAGCAGUGUUACCGGCUGUCCCUGUGCCUUCAUACCCUAGUGACUGCAGCUGAUCUCUUACUGCAUAGUGGACUGGUGACUGGCAUAGUUCACCUUGGAGCAGUUCAAGACAAGUACAAGGAGACCUUGGGAGAUAGCCUGGAGUUCAUUCACCAUCACCUGUGUCAGACCCACUGCCUGUUCCAACAGAAAAAGGUUCUGCACCCCAAACUACUGGAGAUGGCAAAACAGAUAGCUGAUUGGAGGGUCAGGAAGAAGUGUAAGAGCAGUGACCAGGAUCCAAAGAUCCUGAUCAUACUAAAGGCAGAUCCUCCACAACUGGUCACAGAUGUUGUUGACAUGCUCCAAACUAUUGAAGGAAUCAACUCUGUGUCCACAAUGAGCUCAGCUGAUAUCAAGGGACAGGUGACAUCUGAAGAAGUAGUAAAAAGACUUGACAAGAGUGACUGUCUGGUGGUGUGCAGUAGUAUCAUUGGUAGUGACUUCCCCUGGGCCCAGUUCUCCCUGGUAGUGGAGUACCAGUAUGAGGAAACCUCUCCAUGGCUGGAGCUGUGUAAGAGACAACACAUCAGACAUCUGGCACUCAAGACACUAGGGCCAUGGGAGGCUAGGAGUGAUGCUUUGUCAGCUACAGUAAGCAGUAAAAAUCAGCAGUCCGGUGCACAUCCCCAGUACACAUUUAUUGGCUCCAGGAGACUUACAGCUAACAGUGAACUACUUCAUCUGCUAGAGGCCAGGUAA